CUUUUGACCUCAUAGUUAAAAACGAAACUGAUAAAGUCUGCUCUCUGGCUGCGACUUUUUUUCGGUUUAGCUUUGACAAAGCGUUAACAUUUCGAAUCAAAAUCAGUUCGCACAAACGAGUGAAACAGAUAAGACGACAAAAUUUCCAAGUUGCGUAAAGGGAAAAUCAGAAGGCAAUGAAAUUCUGGCUAAAUUUAUUUGCCUUUGCGGCUGUGGGUCACUUGACCCUGGCUUUGGGUCCCAACAUGAUUUGUUACUACGAUGCCUCCAGUGAGGAUAGAGUUGGACAAGCUAAAUUCACGAUUCAGGACAUAGAAUCUGUCAUACAGUUUUGUACUCAUUUGGUUUACGGCUAUGUUGGCAUUGACCCCGAAACAUUCGAAAUAAUAAGUCUCAAUGUACAGAGGGAUGUUAAAAAACGGCACUUUGCCGCUGUAACCGAGUUAAAGGACCGUUAUCCUAGUACAAAGUUCCUCUUGAGUGUAGGUGGAGACAAAGAUUUGAAUAAACCUGAGAAAUAUAUAAACCUACUGGAGUCGGGAAAGGCAAAUCAAACGAAAUUCAUUGAAUCUGCUCGAGAUGUCUUAAGGGCGUACAAUUUUGAUGGCUUAGAUUUGGCCUUUCAAUUGCCACGCAAUAAGCCAUUGAAGGUGCACUCUGAAAUUGGACAGGUGUGGAAGUCUUUUAAGAAAUUCUUCAGUGGUGAUCAAAUUGUCGAUGAGAAGUCCGAUGAGCACAAGGAGCAAUUCACCGAAUUGGUUAAGGAUAUAAGAAUGGCUUUCAGGACCUAUGAUUUAAUGUUGACACUGACGGUGCUGCCAAAUGUUAACUCAUCGUGGUACUUCAAUGCUCCUGCCAUUAUUAAUAAUUUGGACUAUGUUAAUUUGGCUGCUUUUGACUUCACCACGCCUGAGCGUAAUCCCCAUGAAGCGGAUUAUACAGCUCCCCUAUUUCAUUUACCCCAGGAAGGCAAUCGUAUGACUCAUUAUAGUGUGGACUAUCAAGUCGAUCAUUGGAUCUCCCAACGAGUACCCCACAGUAAAAUCAAUGUGGGUAUAACCACCUAUGGCAGAGCUUGGAAAAUGACAACAGAGUCUAAAGCUGAUGGUCUGCCCAUUGUGCAGCACACCGAUGGCCCCGCUCCAGCGGGAGAGGAAACUAAGACCGAAGGCUUGUUAAAAUAUUCUGAAAUAUGCCAAUUGACUAGCCCUUGGAAAGUGGACCGCAAAGGCGACGAGUCCCCUAUAAAGCGUAUUGUGGAUCGAACACACAAAUAUGGCGUGUACGCCUAUCGCUCGGCCGACAGCAAAGGCGAGAAUGGCAUGUGGGUUAGCUUUGAGGAUACCGACACAGUUGCUACCAAAGCAACCUACGUCAGGAAUCGUGGCUUGGGCGGUGUGGCUUUGUUUGACUUGAGCAUGGAUGAUUUUCGUGGCAAUUGUGCUAAUGAAAAGUUUCCUUUACUGAAAGCUAUUAAAUACAAAUUUUGUGAAAGAUGUAUUUAGAUUGAAGAACUUAGUUUCAAUGUAGCUGUACUUAGAAGUCGCAAAGAAUACUUAGAAGUCUGCAAAAAAGAA